GCUGAUACUCGCUGACCUUGGCAGGCGCUUCCUUCUGAAUUCUUUGGGAAUAUAAGCGGUAACAAAUCCUUCGCCUUAGCUGAGCUACGAUUAUUAGAACAAGUUUGAACUUCCUCAGAGUCUACUAUAUAAGACAGCUUGUUGCGCCUCAGUUUAAUUCUUGAUGGAUGAGGUAACAAUACCAAAUGGGAAACAACUUCGUUUUCGUUGUAAGUACAAAAACUGCACUACAAGUAAAACUUUUUCCAUAAUUUCCAUAAUGGAUCACUUGGCUUUGCAUUUUUCGCAACAGAGAAGAUCAACGGAAAUUUUCAAUUUUUACUGCAAAGAGUGCAGAGUUCAUUUUUUGCUAUGCGGCAUGUGCAAAGGUUGCAAGUGCAAAGCGAAAGGGGGAGGAAAGCAAUUCAUUCUAUUGAAAAAUAAAGUCACGCUUGAAGAUAUCAAGCGUGAGGUGAACUUUUUCGAAUUUUUACAAAAGUGGAUUGCGCCUGUGCUGACCAACAAACCUGGACCGAAGUCUGCUGCAUUCGGCCUAACACCGACCACUCCACAGCCGGCAGAUACGAAUGGAAACGAUGCCAGUGAACAAGGGCCACUUCCGAGAGAGAGCAGAUCACGAUCGAGAACGCUCCGUCCUACCAUUAAUUCAAGAACUGCAACAUGCGGGAGACCAGUUCCACCUCCUCUACCACAGAGACGUGUAUCGCGAAGUUCCUCGGUGAGACCCAAAACUCCUGCUAGCGCGAAGAGCCUCGAUCAAACUCAAAAGGACGAGCGACGAGUUCCAACGGCGAGUAAGGAAAGACGGUCGAGAUCUGAUGCACGGGCCAGACAAGCAUGCUCUGUACCACCACGCUCCAGACAGGUUUCGCGAAGCCCGGAAACAAGAUCACCGGCACAGUCUGGACCAGCAGACGACAUCAAUAGCGUGAGCAGUUUUGGAGGUGAAAUCUGUGCCAUCCUGCGAAUGCCGUCGUGUUACCCGGAUGGAACACCUCGAUCUCCUGCGUUUGAUGAUGACGAAGAAGAAAUUGGCCCCGCCUACUAUUCUUCAAUCCGGAACAGAUCUCCGAGUUGUAGCAGGACUCCAAUGACGGACAUAGAGCAAGAGAGACAUUCACUUGGUCCGUCAGCUGAAAAUGAGAAUCCAGUGACUUCAUUAUGGAGCAGCUCUUUGCCAGAACCACGAAUGUUCAGCAACGUUUUUUUACAACAGCAAGAGCGCGCGUCAUCCGCGGAAUCUGUAGGGCAGACAGAACAGCAGCCCACACGAAGGCCGGUGCCAGCUCAAGAGGCAGCAAUUACAGUGCUAGCAGAGCCGGAUGAAUCAUUACCUCUUCCUGCCCCACCACAGCCUCCUAGCGUUCCUCCGGUUUCUUUGAAUGACGACCAUGAAACUCCUGACAUCAUAAUGAUUCCGCCACCCCCUCCAGCAAUAUCUUCAGAUGCACAGCCGUCUUCCCAACCCGGAGCAGACGAUCAAAUCUCUAUUCAAGAUAAGAAUGCAAAAAGACGCCUCACAGGAACAGCUCGAGUAUUCAGUAAAAAGAGUAGACAGGAUGGUCUACUAGAGGAAAAUCCAUCUCCGCCUCGAUCGCCUCGACGGGGAAUUUCGAGAAGUCCCGGUCCACAUGUUCCGAUGAGUCCAUUUUGGAAACAGCCAUCGACAAAAACACCAGCCCACGAACCAGACUUGGAGAACCACGUAUCUGCAUCUGAUUCUCGGACAGAAUUUACUUGCUCACCAUCAUUCGAGACACCUCAUACCCCAGCAUACGGAUCAGCUACAUCAUACUCCACGCAGUCUCCCAGAUAUUGCUCUGGGUCGCCUACAUAUGGCGAAAGUGCUCUCAGUCUUUAUGGAGGUCGAAGGUCCAAUGCAAGGUGUGCUACCUCAUACUGGAAUGGAGGGCAAUCACCAAUCGGAAGACCGAAUACGCCUUCCUACGCGCGUACUCCAGGUCAAAGUAGUCGCCCUUCAACUCCUCGACCACCUAGUUAUGCUGCUUCUUCUCCUCGUUACGCUGGGGACGAUCUAGAAGGUGGAAGUCAAGUCGCUAGUGGCGGAAGUGACAGAACACAAAGCCGCAACGACGAACGAAGA